CCGCCGAGCCCGAGCCCGGCCUGGCGGCGAGCGGAGCAUGGAGAAGGCGGCAGGCGGCGGCGGGGAGCCGCGGCGCUGGCGGCGGCGCUCGGGCUCCAGCCCGGACCCGGAUCCCGACCCCGGGCCCGGCCGCUCUCCCAGCCCCAGCCGCCUGGACGUGAGCUCGGGCCGCUUCGACCCGCUGCUGGCGCUGUACUCGGCCCGCACGCCGCUGCCCUUCCCCGGCGCGCCCUGCUUCAACAACCUGGCCGAGUACGAGAGCUUCCAGCGGGGCCUGCGCCGCCCGGCCGCCCGCCGCGGCCCGCCCGCCUCCCGCAGCGCCCGCCGUCGCCCGCCCGCCGCCGCCGCCGACCCCGAGCGCCUCCAGCGCCUCCGCAGCCUCAUGGUCAACCGGGACCCCGAGCGCGAGGCGGCGGCCCGCGGCCGGGCCGGGCCCCGCCGGGCCCCGCGCAACGUCCUCACCAGGAUGCCGCUUCAUGAAGGCAGCCCUCUUGGCGAGCUACAUCGUUGUGUCAGAGAUGGUGUAAAAGUCAACGUCCACAUCCGAACGUUCAAGGGGCUGCGUGGAGUCUGCACAGGGUUUUUGGUUGCGUUCGACAAAUUCUGGAAUAUGGCCUUGACGGAUGUAGAUGAGACAUACAGAAAGCCUGUACUGGGCAAAGCGUUCUACAGUGAACCUCAGCUGACUCUUACCCGGCUGUUUGACAGACUCAAACUGCAGGAGUCCUUGAUAAAGAAGGGAGCUGACUCAAGGACUGCAACAGAGGAGCCAGCCCUGACAAAUGAAUCAAAGACCCUUGGACGGAAAGCUGGGUCAGGCCGGGAGAGAGCAGAGGACGAGUGUGGGAUGCAGAAAUUUUUGGGUGGAGCUGGAGAAAAGACAACAAAUGACAACAUGCAUCUGGCAGUCAGGAAUAAGGCUGACCUGCCGAGCAGGACUGCCCAGACAGAGGGCACUAGUGCAGGGGGUGCUAAUGCAAAAGGCCAGCCACGAAAAAAGCGGAGGCCCAAAGUGGAUUAUCAGCAGGUGUUUACGCGUCAUAUAAACCAGAUAUUUAUCCGAGGAGAGAAUGUCUUGCUUGUUCAUUUAGCACAUUGACUUGGCUGAGCCUUAGUCAGUAUAUUUAACGCACAGCAUGAAUUGCAGCUACAGUUCUGGGCUACUUAGCAUUGUUGUGAAGUACUGUGGUAUCAUAACUGUUUCCCUUCCUUCAACCAUAACAGGACAGGGGAAAUAGUUGCACGUUUGUCGGAGGUUGCUGCAUCUUGAGCGAGCUGCCAGAACAGCCUCGCUAGACCUCUUCCAUUCAAGGGGUUGAAGGCUAGUUCAGCAAGAGUUUGCUUCUGCAAGAUGAGGAAAUGAGAAGAAUCCUCAAGGCAGGACAGGAGGCUUCUUAACAGGCUAAAUUAAGAGGGUUGAGGGGUAACAUCAGUGUGCUUGGUUAUGGGACAAAAUAGUCACCCCACAUUUAAAGAGCAUGUGACUCAGCAUACAAGUCUAAAAUGAGUGACCACUGCUAAAUACUGUCAUAAUUGCAAGAGAAAUUGGUUUAUAAUGAAACCAACGACUUAUGUAAUAUUAGUUAAUAAUAAUUUAAAGUCUGGCAAAGAAUAACUCUUGUAUCUUAAUGUAUAAGGGAAUUAACAGCCUAUGCAAAAGAGGGACAACCUCAAUGGCAUUAACCAUUAGUGUCCUGCUGUGGCAGGCACAGCUCUGUAAAUGCACCCCAAUCCUGAGCUGCAGCACGCCUGUCUUUUGAACAAAGAC